AGCCAUAGAUGCAUAUGGAUCAGUAAGUACUAUGCCCAGAUCACCCAGCAAGGCAGGCUAGCCGUGUGAUUUCAUGUGACACAACUUCCUCUUGCUUCAAGCAAUCUUGGUUCUUGUCACCACCACCCUCAGCCAAUGUAGAUUACGUGCAUAAUCAGUCACCCCAAUGCUUGAUAAAAACAUCAUGAUCUCUCAAUUCUGAUUCGACAUUUUAACUACUUCGGUUAUAGAGAGAAAGAAGAUAAGGACCAAAUUCCCUAGCUAACAAAGUUUUACUAGGAUGCAAGUACAGAGUCUUCGUUCCAACUAGAGGAGUUGAUGCCUGUUGCGUACGCCUGUCUAUAUAUAACGUACGUGUUCUUGCUUUCUUUGAAAUGUUUUCUGAAGAAAGCAAGUGUGUGUGUGAGAGAGAGAGAGAGAGAGAGUAUUUUAAAGCAAAAGCAAACAAGAGGGUCUUUGACAGCAUUACAAAAGUACAUAGAGGUUGAUUUUGAGGGAGCAUAGAAGCCUAAGUGACCGGCAUUACCGAGAUCGAUGCAAAAAAUGAAGAACCUUGGGAGCGUUGGCAACAGUGGGAGGCACUCCUCCACUGAGGAGAGUGAGGAUGAGGAGAUCACAAGGUUGGCCAUAUCUACGAUUCAAGCCAGAGAAGAAGAAAUUGAGAGGAAGAAGAUGGAGGUGAAGGAGAAAGUAGAACUUCGGUUGGGUCGUGCUGAAGAAGAAACUAGGCGCUUGGCACAGAUUUGGGAAGAGCUAGAAGUACUCGCAGAUCCAAUGCGAAAGGAAGUUGCUACCGUACGUAAGAAGAUUGACAUGGCUAACCGAGAUCUAAAGCCGCUGGGACAGAGCUGCCAGAAGAAGGAGAAGGAAUACAAAGAAGUCCUAGAGGCUUUCAAUGAAAAGAACAAAGAAAAAACUCAGCUAAUAGCCACAUUAAUGGAGUUACUGACCGAGAGUGAGCGACUGAGAAUGAAGAAACUCGAGGAGCUGAGCAAGCAUAUAGAAUCCACACACUAAGAUCUCCAAUGUCAUCCGUGGUUUGGCUUGUGAACUUGUACUUGAUAUAAUUAAUUAAUAGUACAUAGGUGUUUUUUUAAUCAUAGGCGUUUAAGAAGCCUGUAAUCCUUCAUCUACUUUAAAACGUUUUUCCCAUUGAGAUAAGAUGUCCUACAACGAAUAUACACAUUAAUGUCAUCCUCAAAAUAUUGUCCUA